AUGGCUCCUCAUGUAGCUGGUGAGACGAUCGUGUCGGCCAAGCGUGCCGAGCUGGCCGGCAAAGGCGGUACCCGUGGCUUGAUCAGUAACAAGAAGACUUUUCUCAUUGCGCUUUUCGCGUCGCUAGGUGGUUUAGUUUAUGGAUAUAACCAGGGAAUGUUCGCGCAGGUCUUGACCAUGCACUCUUUCCAAGAUGCCACAAACGGUUAUGCCGCGACUACGGGUAUUAAGCAGGGAAUGCUGACAUCCGUUCUGGAGCUCGGUGCCUGGGUCGGAACCCUUAUUAACGGAUAUCUCGCCGAUAGACUCGGUCGUCGCCUGACUGUCCUGGUCGCCGUUGUGGUGUUCUGCGUGGGUGUAAUUGUGCAGGCUUGCACAAUAAACCAGGAUUAUAUCUUCGCUGGUCGAUUCGUCACCGGUCUCGGUGUUGGUAAUUUGUCCAUGAUCGUGCCGCUUUACAAUGCAGAAUUGGCACCGCCGGAGAUUCGUGGUUCGCUGGUUGCUGUGCAGCAGUUGGCCAUUACUUUCGGUAUCAUGGUUAGCUUCUGGAUUGGCUAUGGAACGAACUACAUCGGUGGCACUGGAGCUACUCAGUCCGACGCUGCCUGGCUCGUCCCUGUCUGCAUCCAACUGCUACCCGCUCUUGUUUUGGCCGCUGGAAUGAUGCUCUUCAUGCCGCAGUCACCUCGUCACCUUAUGAACACCGGUCGCGAAGAGGAAUGUCUACAUACACUAGCUCGUCUUCGCGGUGCUUCUGUCGAGGAUCUCCUGGUUCGCAUUGAGUUCCUGGAGAUCAAGAGUCUGCACAUGUUUGAAGUCGAGACUGCGGCCGAGAAGUAUCCUCAUCUCCAGGAUGGAUCUUUCAAGAGUAACUUUAAGAUUGGAUGCCUCGAUUAUCUGUCGCUGAUCACGAACAAGUCGCUUUUCAAGCGCACCAGUGUUGCUUGCAUGAUCAUGGUCUUCCAGCAGUGGAACGGUAUCAACGCCAUCAACUACUACGCUCCCUUCAUCUUCAAGAAUAUGGAUUUGCCCGGAAACACCACCACCCUGCUCGCAACCGGAGUGGUCGGCAUUGUGGAGUUCCUCUUCACUAUCCCGGCCGUACUCUGGGUUGACCAGAUCGGUCGUAAGAAGAUCCUGAUCGCGGGUGCUGCCGGCAUGGCGACUUGCCACUUCAUCGUCGCCGGUAUCAUUGGUUCUUACGAAGGCCAGUUCAAGGAUCACCGUGCGGCCGGUUGGACUGGUAUCGUGUUUGUAUGGAUCUUUGUGAUCAACUUUGCCUACUCCUGGGGCCCCGUCGCGUGGAUUGUAACCUCCGAGGUCUUCCCUCUCAGCAUGCGUGCCAAGGGUGUUAGUAUCGGUGGUAGCAGUAACUGGUUGAACAACUUCGCCGUCGCUACGGCUACAUCCCCAUUCAUCUCAAAGUCCGCCUACGGAACAUUCAUCUUCUUCGGCUGUAUCACCGUCAUCGGCAUCUUGUACGUCAUUUUCAUGGUCCCGGAGACCAAGGGCCGUACCCUGGAAGAAAUGGAUGAGUUGUUUGGAACAGCCGGCGUGGCCGCAGCCGACGCCGAACGCAAGCACCGCAUCGAGAGUGAGCUCGGCCUCCUCGAGCUGGUCGGUGUGGAAACGCCCAGUGAGAAGAAGUUUGACGGAGUGCAGAGUGAAGAGCAUGUGGAGACCAAGCUGCAGUGA